GGUGAGCUACCAGUGCAGCAGGCAGCAGCCAACAGGGCUGCACAAAGGCAGCGGGAGAGCUGGGGAAGGCCCAGGCUUUAAAGAACAAGAGUGACUUGAGUAUGUUGUGCUGUGCCUGCAGAGAGGAGAGGCAUGGAGCAGCCCUGGCUUAAGAUGCUCUGCCCCUUUAAGAGCUGUGCGCCUCCAGAGGGACAUCUGCUUUAGAGAUGGCCUUGGGCCCCCUCAUCUUCCUGGCUGUGCUAGCUCUAGUUCAUCACCCCCUGAUGGUCAGUGACCACACAGACUCGGCCACACUGGACCGGCUCCAGGAGCAUGAGAAGCUGAUGAAAACAGAAAUGGGACGCCUGCAGACGGAAUUUGACCAGAAGGGCUGGAGCUGGGACCCAAAGCAGAGCCGGGAGGAUUGGGUGACAACCGAUCUGGCAGCAGAGGACGGAACCUGGGAUGGGUGGCACUAUGUAGGGCUGGUCAUUCUCAUCCUGUUUGGGUGCUGCAGACACACCAUAGAGAAGGAACCCAGUUAUGACUCCAGCACAGACUGCUCCAGCACCACCACCAAUGAAGAAGACUAUGACGACACUGACAUGGAACCUGAAUAUGACGAAUCCAAGCAAAAAAUGCUUGAGACCUUCUAUGAUCAGCACGUUGACCUGGAAACCAGUGAUCUGACCAGCAUGUGUGAUUUUGUGGAGACCUUUGUGAAUGACUUGCUGGAGGCUUGUCGCGGAGCCCUUCCCUACCAGAACACCCUCCCAGUGCUGGAGAAUUGCAUCGGGGUGGACAGUGCCUUUGAAGGAUGGCACACACAGAAGCCUUCCAAAGCUUUCCGCGUUCUCGUGCCCGUACUGCCACCCAAGGGGCACUCUUUCCACAUUGAAACUAGUGAAUCUGAGGGUGCCCCAAGCACACAUGGACACAUCUUGGUGGAGACAGAAUGUGUGUGCAAGAGAGAGAGGCUCCUGGGGGACGUGGUGUGUUUCCUUCACCAUCCAGAGCAAGAACUGAGCAGUGACAAGCAAGGAAUCUUCCUUAUCCACGUUUUGUGCACCAGCUUCCACUUGGAUGUGGAGAAAACCAUCCACUGGUUCCAAGGCCUGGUGGGCAAGGCCUGGCCCAGUAUCCAGCCCAAGUACAACCUUGACCUUGUGCCUCAGCCUUCUAAUAAAACAUGUCGACUGAAAUUGGCAUUCCGGUCAGGCAGGUCGAUCUCUGUUGACAUCAUACUCGGGGUGCAGCAAGGAGACUCCUUGGUCUUCCUGGCCACCCAACCUGCCGAGAUGGAUCGUUUGACUGGCACUGUGUGGCAGAAGUCCUUUGCUGUCCAGGAGUUGCUCUUUUUUAAGUGGGUGAGCCAGCGAGUCCCAGAGGAGAGCUGCCACCUGAAAUGUCUCCAAAUCAUAAUCUAUUUCAAAGAGUCCAGCCCAUCAGAGGGGAAGAACAUGGUGCUCACCAACUAUCACUACAAGACUUGCCUGAUGCAUCUCUUGCUCUUUCAGCCCCCGUUGGACUGGGGCCCUGAGAGCUCUGCACGAAGACUUCAGGACAUCCUCUUGUAUAUGCACACCGCCCUGCAGGAGAUAUAUCUUCAGCAUUUCCUUAUUGGUAACAUCUCCUUGCCUAUCCAGAUCCCUAUGCCUAAGGCCCUCCGGAGUGCGACACCCGUAAAUCUUUUCAGGCACUUGGCAGAGGACCCAAACCUUCAUGCCAAGGCAAUGAAGGAGUUUGCAGAGGUUGUACAACCAGUGAGGGUUCUGUUGACAGGGUACCGACAGUAGCAAAAGUCAGCUCUGUUAGAAAGACCAGCCUUUUGUGGCUCUUCAUAGACCCACAUACCCUAACAGGGUUGGAAAGGCAGAGGGCUGUGGCCAGCAAUGAAACAAAGCUGGCUUAGAUGUGUAGGAGCAUCACUGAUCCUGGGAUGGGGCCAUGUGGGUAUCGUCACAAUGUUCCCAUGCUCCACAUUGAUCUGGUAAAGGGCAGGUGAGGCUGCAAAAGGACCCAUCAAACCAUGCUGGUUUACAUUCUUAGUGCCAACUACUCUUCUGUAUUUUUAUAUGCUCCAGUUCCAAACGAAUUUGCUAUAUUAAACUUGAAAUAAAGGUU